AACCAUGCCGCUCUAUCUUCAAGCAUUCGUCUUGCUGCUCCGCCGUCUAUGACCUCUGACCCCGACGGGGAGGCCUGAUCGCUGCGGCGGGAGGGAUCCUGGGCUUGGGGGGUUCUGAUGUGAAUGUGAACCGUGGAAGGGAGAGGAGUAGACGGUGGCUGCGGCGGCCCGAGGGGGUUCGCGAAGCAUUAUCCGCUAGAGCAAGGAGGCGGCGAAAACACGGGAGGGAAUGACAGGAGGAGACAUACUGAAUAUGUGUGACAUUUGGAGGGUCAAAUGUCAUGACGUUCUCUGUGAUGCUGCUGCUAUGACACCUAGCAGAGGGAUGUGGGAACAAUGUAGCAUUGGUUUCCCCUGAUUAUACCAAGAACAUCUUAAUUCCUCACCCAUGGCCAGACCAAGGGGUCAUUUGAUGUGCUGACGUCAUGGGAAGCUGCUGCAGCUGCCGAGAGGGACUAGACAAUCAUCCCACCAAGUUUAAGGUUACCAACGUAGAUGAUGAGGGGACAGAGCUGGGCUCGGGAAUCAUGGAGCUGACUCAGACAGAACUUGUUCUUUACACCCGGAAACGUGAUGCCGUGAGAUGGCCAUACCUCUGUCUACGUCGAUAUGGAUAUGAUUCCAACCUCUUCUCCUUUGAGAGUGGUCGCCGGUGCCAGACUGGACAGGGAAUCUUUGCAUUCAAAUGUUCACGGGCAGAAGAAAUCUUCAACUUGCUGCAGGAGCUCAUGCAGAGGAACAGCAUCAGUGUAGUGGAAGAGCCUGUGAUUAUGACCAGGCCCGGUCACCCAGUAGAAAUGGACAUGACCCGCACAACUCAGACCCAGGGAGCUUUGGGAUAUACAGGGUUUCCAAAUGGGUUUCAUAGCUUUCCACGAGAUGGGCCCUCUUACCCUUCAUCUCGUCACCCCUCCAUGGGAAAUCUGAGACACCCUUCUGUUGGAGAGGACUCUACGCAUGGUCUAAUUACUCCAGAUGACCAGUCUCAUACAUAUGUGAACACAGCAAGCGGGGAUGAGGACUUGGGAGGGCGACACUGCAUGCAUUCCCUACCUGAGGCACACGCUCCCUACCAUGACCCACCCAGACAUCAUCUUGGUCCGAGCUGCUCAAUGGAAGACCGAAACCCCCAGGUCUUCCUUCAGCCAAAUGAAGUAAAAUUUGUCUUGGGUCCAGCUCCUGCUUACAGGCGUCUGCCACUAAGGGCAGACAGCUUUUGCCGGCAUCAUAGGGACUGCCAAGGCCAUGUGUGUGCUGGUGACAGGGAGCCUAUGCCCCCUCACAACAACAACAAUGAGUGUAAGGAUCAGUGGAGCUCUCACAAAUGCGCCUAUGAAAAUAUCAAUGGCCUGGUGCCACCAGGAAGUAUUGCUUUGCGCAGGGGUGCUGCUAACAGAGGUAUCAAACUAUCGGCAGAGGGUCUGCCCUUCAACAGCUGCUCACACCGCAGGACGGCGAUGCUGCACUAUGAAAAUUUGCCCUCGUUGCCACCAGUAUGGGAGUGCCAGUCAAUGCAGCAUGAGGACGAAGAGGAUGAUGAUGAGGAAGAAGAGGAUUCCACCGAGGCUAUGACACCAUCACUUAAUGGGUAUCAAGACGACCCAGUGCAAAACUACAUGAAUGCAGAAAGUGCCACAGCAUGUGGGGGGUACCAUCACCACCGUCCAGAUUGCCAAGCACGACGGAGCUGCCAGUCAAGCAUUUUCAGUUUUGAUUUCCGCCGGCCAAGGCCGGAACAGAGGCAACUCAACUACAUCCAGGUGGAGCUGGAGGGAAAGGGUGAAGGGAAAGGUAGACCGAUCCCUCAAAUUACCUGCACCCCUGCUCCAAAUCACCCAGCCCGCCAUGCAGACUCUUACGCUGUAAUUGACCUCAAAAAGACAGCUGCAAUGUCUAGUCUACAGAGGGCUAUGCCCCGGGACGAUGGCACCUCCAGAAAGACCCGGCACAACAGCACGGACCUGCCUUUGUGAAAGUUGGCUGUCUGCUCCUCUUCUUGUUGAUGUUUUUACAAAAAAAGCCAUCUGUGUGGCUCUUCCCUGGCUUUUCUCUCUGUGCUCCUUUGUGUGAUUCCUCCCGAGUCUCUUAACCCUCUGGUUCCUGUUAUGUAAUGGAGUAAACAUUCCCGCUCUACAAAGAAUGUGAAAACUAUCAUUUCAGGAGGGUGGAGUUGACAGAUGAGUUUUAGCUGCAAAGAAGAUGCGGCUUUAUCUGUGCAGAAGAAGCUGAUAACAGAAUGAGGGCUGUAAUUGCUCUUUGUGGGUCAAUAAUCCUUUUUUUUUUUUUUUUUUUUUAAAUUCUUUUUUCUUUUUAAGUUAUUUAUUUUUUUUAAUGUUGCUUUUGUAGACCAAAACAUUUUUCUUAUUUGCUAAAUAAUUUAUUUAACUUAUUUUAUUUCUAUUUAUUUUUGUAAACAUUCCAUGCCAUUUUGUGUCCUUGACGGAGCAAUGUCUAGUCUUGCUCCUGUGCAGAGAUUAAUGGUCACUCCUCUUGACCAUUGUGCAUUACUAAUCAGAGCCUUGUACCUCUUGUGAUGUCACGAGGACAUUAGCAUGUAUCAUAAACAGAUAUUUUAUAUAACCCGGUAUUGCAUUUUGCAGAAUCUACAUUGUGUGUAGGUGCUACUACUAAAGAAAGAAGAGUCUUUAAACAUAAAAGUAUAUAUAAAUAUAUAUAUAUAUAUAUAUAUAUAAAUAAAUGUAUAAAUAUAUAUGAGAUGGAACGGUACUAACCAAUCUGCAAAUCUGUGAAAGAAUUAUUUUAAUUGGGAUUGCUAACAAUUUGUUUUAUGUACUUAUUACUUGAAUGAAAAGUGCCAAAUAUUUCUAUCUGUGCCAUGUUUAAAUAGAAAAAAAAACAAAACAAAACUUAGGUUUGCGUUCUGAUCAUAGUUUGCCAAGUUUUAUUCCUUUAGUCACACAGGUUUACAAAUACGUUAGCAACACGCCCACCGUUUAUAUGUAAUGUAUUCGUAUACAGCACAGGCAGCCAAGGAAUAUUGCAUUGAUUUAUCAGUGCUAUUCGACAUUGUAGCUUUUUGCAAUUAAAGGGAUAGACUAGUCAAAAUUAAACUUUCAUGAUUCAGAUAAAGCAGGCAACUUUCUAAUUUACUCAUAUAAUCAAUUUUUAUUUGUUCUCUUUGUAUCUUUAUUUGAAUUAGCAAGAAUGUGAGCUUAUGAGCCAACCCAUUACAUUUUUGGUUCAGCACCUGGGUAGCACUUUCUGAUUAAUGUCUAAAUGUAGCCACCAAUCGGCAAGCGCUACCCAGGUGCUGAACCAAAAAUGGGCUGGCUCUUAAGCUUACAUUCAAAUAAAGAUAGCAAGAGAACAAAUAACAAUUUAUAAUAGUAGUAAAUUAGAAAGUUGCUUAAAAUCGCGUGCUCUAUCUGAAUCAUGAAAGUUUUAUUUUGACUAGACUAUUCCUUUAAAUAAUACAUACUUAAUACCCUUUAUAAUCUUUCCUGAGCUUGUUGCUAUAAAAUCUACAAAUGCUUAAGCCAGUAAAAAUUAAAUGCAGACAAGCCAUAGUUACACUGAUUAUUCAUGAAGGGCAAGUGUAAGUUUUGGGCCAAAUGUUUUUAAAACUUUUAUAAUUUGUCUGUAAUGUAUCUUUCAAUUUAAUCUGUAACUACUUUGAUUCUCACCACUUUGUGUUUUUGUUAUAUAAUAAAUUCCAAACUCUUGACAAAAAGAUAUGUGAAUUGUAAAAUAACCAUUAGGUAAAAAGUGAUUAGGGACAAAUACAGUAAACAGGAUAAUUAUCUGGCUCAAGCAAGAAAACAAAAUUACACUUUAGCUAGGAAAAUGGGCAGAUUCCUCUCUUGACCUUAAGGCCUUGACAUAAAAAUUGUGCUUGUCCCUAGAGAUGCCCCCCAAAUAUAUUGACUUCUAUUGGUUUUCUAUUCUUUUUGAAUGUUAAUUGUUGUUUUUUUUUUUGGCAUUUUGCAGCAUUUUGAACAAAACCUAGGUUACAGAAUGUGUGCAAUAAAUGUCUUUAAUUUGCCAAUUUAACCACAUUGUUGCUAAAUUAUUUUGCUUUGAGUUUUGGGUGCAUAAAAGAAUUGUAUUGUAA